GCGGACCGCAUCACUUGAUGCGGCCGCAAUAUUGCGGAUGCGGUAGGCACUGCAACCGCAUCGGACCGCAAUUGCGGUGUGAACUCAAAUCACAGGUGAUGCCGCAUCGCAACCGCAACGCAACGGCGUUUUUCCGCAACGCAACGGCGUUUUGACCGCAUUUACCGCAACAGUCAUUUAUGCCCCAAAUCAAGGAAAAAAGGUAAAACUAAAAUCAGAGAAUCUUAGAAUCAAUUUCAGAAAACACAAGAAAACAACACAAAAAGUAAAAAACCAGAACAAAACAGAGGAAAAGCAAAAAAACAGAACAAAACAAACGAAAGGGAAUCAGAAUAAACUUACUUUUUUUCCUUUAAGUCAAUUCAAUUCAUUUUAGAAUCUCCUUUUCCUGUAAAUCAUAGACUUGGUGCUGCUAUGAAGACUUGGUGCUACAAUUUUAUCGUUCCUCUAAUUGUGUCCUCCCUUCCUUUCCUCUUUCCAAUCGGUCUCAUAUGCUAUGUGAUAUCUCUCAAGGUACGAUUAAAUAUACACAAUGCCACCAAGAGAAGCAUUUCCUACAAAAAGAUUAGAGGGUGCUCCAAGUGAUGAUAUUGGAUGGCACUUUGGAACACCGAUACCUGGAAAUAGAAACAAUGUUCGUUGUGAACUUUGUAGAGAAAUAAUAAGAGGUGGCAUUACGAGAUUGAAGCAACAUAUAGCACAUAUGCCAGGACAGGUCAAACCUUGUCCUAGAGUGAACACAAUAGUUAGGGAAAGUAUGAUGAAACUUCUAGUUGAUGCAAAAGCGAAGAGAAACGAUUCUAAAAGAAGGAAAGAAGAAUUUGAAGAACAUUUAAGGGGAGAUGUUGUUGAAGUAGAUGAUGUGGAUCAUUCUAGUGAUGAUCAAUUAAGGUUUGCUACACAAGAGAGUCUCAGAUCACAUUAUGAAUGGGAAAAUAGGCAAAAAUUCAGACAUGAAACAUGAGGAUAUAAAAAUGUUUAUGACCAAGGUGGAAGUUCUCGUGCAAGUGUUAGCGGAGGUGAAAGACCAGAAGAUCUAACUUUUUCUUUGAGGUCUACCAAUGUUGAUCUUGUGAGGACCAAAAGCAUGAGGCAACCUAAAGUCAAUAAGGGCAUGCUAAACACAUGGAGGAAGAAGCUUGGAGCGGCCGUAAGCAAAUUUAUAAUUUAUGAGCGUUUGCCUAUGAAUUUAUCUAAUUCUCCCUGGUUGCAUAAUUUGAUUUAUAUAGCCUCUGAGGUGGGAAAAGCUAAAUUCCCAACUCCUUAUGAAAUCUCAAAUGUGUAUUUAGAGGCUGAAUAUGAACAAAUGAAGCAAUGGAUAACUAGUAUGAAAAAAACUUGGAAACAAAAAGGGGCAACAAUAAUGUGUGAUGGUUGGACAGACGGUAUCAACCAUUCUCAUAUUAUGAAUUUUUUAGUGUAUUGUGAAAAAGGAACAGUGUUUUGGAAAUCAGUUGAUGCUUCCGAUGUUGAUAGUAGAAACACAGAGUACUACUUUCAAUUAUUGGAUAAAGUUGUGGACGAAAUUGGCGAAGAAUGUGUUGUUCAGGUGGUUACAGACAAUGAAGCUGCACUAAAAGCAGCCGGUCACAAACUAAUGGAAAAGAGGCCACAUUUGUAUUGGUCUUCUUGUGCGGCUCAUUGUUUAGAUCUUUGCUUAGAGGAUAUAGGGAAGAAAAAAAAUAUACAAAAGUUAUUAAGUGAAGCAAAGUUGGUGACAACAUUCAUCUACAACCAUACGUAUAUUGUGAGUCUCAUGAAAAAAUAUACUGGAGGUAGAGAGAUUGUUCGUCCUGGUGUAACCCGAUUUGCAACACAAUUUCUACAACUUCAAUCAAUUGUGAAUCAGAAGGAAGGUCUGGAAAACAUGUUUCAUUCGGAAGAGUUUAGAAAAACAAAAUAUGGCAAAGAGAAGAAUGGGCCAGGAUAUGAAGCAAGGAAAAUUGUUUUGAGCAAGGAGUUUCGGAGUAAAGCCAAAGAUAUAUUGAAGGUGUACGAGCCUAUUGUUCAAGUUUUAAGACUAGUUGAUGGUGACGAGAAACCAACAAUGGGUUUCCUAUAUGAAGCCAUUGAUCGAGCAAAACAGGCAAUUCAACAAAAUUCUCGUUAUCAUUCCACCUAUAAUGAUAUAAUUGACAAGCGUUGGAAAUUCAUGCAUUCUGAUCUUCAUUCUGCUGGUUAUUUUCUUAAUCCACAAUUUCAAUAUGGAGUUGAACAUGGAGAUGAUGUCUAUAAGGAAACAUUUGAAGGGACGGCUAGAGUGAUAACGAAAUUAGUAAGAAGUAUAGAUGAUCAAAUCAAAGCUCUGAAUCAGUUGACUCUUUACAGAGAAAAGAGUGAUUCAUUUGGUACACGUCUGGCUCAAGAUUCUUGGUCAAAGAUGAGGGCAGAUUCUUGGUGGGGGUAUUACGGUACAUGUGCUCCUGAACUUCAACUUGUAGCUAUAAAAGUUGUUAGUCAAACAACUUCUGCUACAAAUUGCGAGAGAAAUUGGAGUACAUUUAGUUAUAUUCACACAAAGACGAGGAAUAGAUUGAAGUAUAGAAAGUUACAUAAACUUGUCUUCACACAUUACAACAUGAAGCUGAAAAUGAGACAAGAAAUGAGGAGAAGUCAAGAAGAAAUAGAAACAAGUUUUGAUCCUAUAAAUCUUAACUAUAUAUUUCAAGAAGAUCCUUUAUCUGAAUGGAUAGAAGAGAGAGAAAAUCCAUUAUUGGAUGGAGUUCAAAAUGCAGAAUGGUUGCAUAUAGAAGAUACAGAUGAUGAGAUUGUGGAAGUUGAUGAUGAUAGCAAUGGAUCAAAUGAUGGUGGUUUAAGUCCACCAAGCGGUAACAGUGGUAAUGGGGGUGGUAAUGAAGAAGCUGGCGAAGGUGGUGGUGGUGGUGGUGGUGGUGGUGGUGAUGAUGAAGAAGAUGCACCAGAAGACCAUGAUUCAUACGGUGAAACACCACCUAUUUAUAGGCGUUAUAGAAAUUUGACUGAUAUGGAUCGUUCUGAUGGUUCACUACUUAACAGUGGAGGAGAUGUGUCACAUUCUAGAUCAAGAAGAGGUAAAAGGAAACAAAAUGUUCCACUUGAAGAUUCUUCUUCUUCUAGUAUUGCUCAAAGUUUUAGUGACUUUGGGAUUGGUGAUUCUUCUCAAAAUAGUCAACAAUCUUAUCCGCCUAUUUAUCAAUAUCCUUAUUUCAACUCAUAUAACCAAUAUGCAAGUGAUCAAGCUCCUUCCAACUACCAACAAGCAAUGAAUUACCAAGAUCCUUAUUAUGAACAAUCAAGUGGUGGAUUUUUUGGUUAUGUCUUUGGGCAAGGAGCUACACAAGAUGAUAGCCAGAGUGAAAGUACAAGUAAUGCUCCUCCACGUCAUUCCACCAUGUGGUAAAAAGUAUCAUCGAAGACCAUAUAUUUAUAUGGAGACAAAUAUGAUGUUGCUUUUCAAAGUCAAAAUUGCAACUUAGUGCAUUUAUCUAUUUGUGAUGUAUUAAUUGUAUUAGUAUUUGCAUAAACAAUUAUGAAUGUUAUUUAUGUUAA